GAGAAGCCUAUGUAUCGGUGGUUCAAUCGGUGGUUAGCGUUGAUAUGUUCGUUACUCUGUGUUCAUAUUAUGCUUGCUGUUAGCUGGAAGCUCACAAACGCAGCAAUUUUAACCUUCCUCAAAUUUUACAUCUAUAUCAAAUGGAAGCAGUCGCAACCGAAAGGAGGGCAAAAGCUGGUUGGAUCGUCAUUUAUUAAUACCCUGAGCGGACUACAAAAUAUGGCACGAGAAACAGAUCUGUGCUAUAAACCUCAGCAACCUGUAAGCAGUCGCACUUAUUUGAUGACGGACAAAGUGGAUAAGCAGAUGACUGAAUGGUUUGCGAAUCGUCACGUUUCCGCUUUUCCAGCUACCGUUGCCAAUGAGAACCAGGUGGAAGGAGCAGCAACACUUCUGCAGACGUCAGGUAUCGGCAAAAUGCGACCAAAUAUUCUGAUGGUGGGCUUCAAGAGUAAAUGGAAUACAGAUGGAGUGGCCAACCUCGAAGCAAUCAUGGGAUACUACGAGAUUAUCUUAAAUGCCUUUGAAAAGAAUGUGGGCGUGGCUAUAUUCCGUAAUUCUCAAAUCGGCUUCGAUCUAACGGAGCACCUGAAACGAAAUGAUUCAACCAACUCCAUUAUCGAUGCAGAUGAAAACGGUAUCAACACAGAUCCUUAG